AUGCUUGAUGGAACAGGUGACAGGGUCAGAGCUCCAGGUGCCUACUGCGAGGACGUAACCGUAGAGGAGACUGAAAGGCGAGAUUUAUUUAUCCCCACAGCAGAGACAGGAAGGCGGACGAAGAAGUCGAGAAAGACGAGGAAGGAGAAAAAGAAGAAGAAUCAGGAGGAGGGGGAAGUGGAGGAGGAGGAAGAGGAGGGGGAGGUGGUGGUGGCGGUGGCGGUGGCGGUGGAGGAGGAGGAGGAGGAGGCGGAGCGUCAUCUCGAAGAUAGUUCCGUUGUGAAAGCAUUGAGCAUCCUCCAACUCCACAUACUAAUUAAAAUUGCUUCUAAGCCAUUUUUGGGACAUCAAACCAUCGUUGUGAUGUUACAAGUCAAGUCACAGGGUGAAGAAGUUCGUACCGAUUUAAUGAAGGCUUACGCUCUUUGCAGUCUUGUUUUGGAUGUUCGUCAUAUGGCAGGUAAAAGGUCGGCUGCUGUCAAUUGUUCCUCGCACCACUUUUACAAGGCAGCCGUAGUGUUUGAGGAGCGAUCGGAGGGUCCAAAUACAUCCACUGAUAGACAGGACGUAAUUUACAGCCGCCACGGCUUGUGCAUCCUCAUCGCCCUUGCAAAAAAGACAUGCGGAGCCUUGCUUGUACCUCAAGACCAGGAGCUUAUGACCACUCGCCGUUCGCACUGGGGUCUCCCUUACAACCCAGGUCCUGUGUUCUCCAUUCUUUUCCUCAUUCUUUUAUAUCGACACAACCGCCGCAUGUGA